AAGGAAACACACAAUUCAGCACACGCACCACCAAAAAGAGGGAGAAGAGGGGAUCUCGGAGAAGAGUCUUCGCCUCGGAGAGACGUGCUCUGCCUAGCAUAUAUAGCCACGAAAGAGAGUGCUGGCCCUGCCGGCCUUCGUCUAGCUAUAGCUAACUAGCCAGCAGCAGCGUGCGUGCGUGCGUUCAAGGCAGCAGAGGUAGAGAGGUUUUGAGAGAGAGAAUGGCAAGCAGGCAAGGUGUAGCCGCCUCCAUGUUCGCCACGGCAUUGCUCCUCGGCGUCUUUGCAUCCAUCCCACAAAGUGCUGAGGCCAUCGGGGUGUGCUACGGCAUGAGCGCCAACAACCUGCCGGCGGCGAGCACGGUGGUGAGCAUGUACAAGGCGAACGGCAUCUCGGCGAUGCGGCUGUACGCGCCGGACCAGGGCGCGCUGCAGGCGGUGGGCGGCACGGGCAUCAGCGUGGCCGUGGGCGCCCCCAACGACGUGCUGUCCAACAUCGCGGCUAGCCCCGCGGCGGCCGCGUCGUGGGUGCGCAACAACAUCCAGGCGUACCCGUCCGUGUCGUUCCGCUACGUGUGCGUGGGCAACGAGGUGGCCGGCGGCGCGGCGCAGGACCUGGCGCCGGCCAUGGAGAACGUGCACGCGGCGCUGGCGGCGGCCGGGCUGGGCCACAUCAAGGUGACGACGUCGGUGUCGCAGGCCAUCCUGGGCGUGUACAGCCCGCCGUCCGCCGCGGAGUUCACCGGCGAGGCGCGCGGGUACAUGGGCCCCGUGCUGCAGUUCCUGGCCCGCACCGGGUCGCCGCUCAUGGCCAACAUCUACCCGUACCUGGCCUGGGCAUACAACCCCAGCGCCAUGGACAUGAGCUACGCGCUCUUCACCUCCUCCGGCACCGUCGUGCAGGACGGCGCCUACGGGUACCAGAACCUCUUCGACACCACCGUCGACGCCUUCUACGUCGCCAUGGGCAAGAACGGCGGCUCCGGCGUGCCGCUCGUGGUGUCGGAGAGCGGGUGGCCGUCCGGCGGCGGCGUCCAGGCCACGCCGGCCAACGCGAGGGUGUACAACCAGUACCUCAUCAACCACGUCGGGCGCGGGACGCCGCGCCACCCCGGCGCCAUCGAGACCUACCUCUUCUCCAUGUUCAACGAGAACCAGAAGGAGAGCGGCGUGGAGCAGAACUGGGGGCUCUUCUACCCCAACAUGCAGCACGUCUACCCCAUCAGCUUCUGAAGAACCGUUAACCGUACCGAUCCAAGCUAGCUGCUAGCUGGCCCUGGUGGUGGCUCCGACCGACGACGGACGACGACGAUCGACCUGCAGCCGUAUGUGUCGAUCCGGCCGUAUACAGAUGAUAGUACGUAGCAUGUAUGUAUAUAUAUGGUAUAUGUGGGCUUGCUUUGCGACCGCUGGGAGUGAGUAUCCGAUCCAAUUGGUACGGUAGCUACUCCCAGAUGCGUACGCCGUGAGUGAUGCUGAGUACGUAUUUUAUAUGUAUAUGUUAUACA